AGCCAAAACUCUGGCUGAAAGCCAGCAUUAGCUGCCACACAUGAGAGUGAAGUCAUCUCCAAUAGCUUCAGCUCUGCCACUGAGUCACCCUUAGCUGUUGACUCUUUCCAGCUGAGGCUGCUAAUACUGAGGAGCGGAGAGAAGCCAUUCCCACUGUGUCCUGCCCAAAAGCUGUGAGCAUAAUGAGUCUCCCCAAGGACCUCCAUGACAUGACUUCCAGCACAGCUGACCCAAGCAGCAUCUCUCACAAUGCCAGCUUCUGCCUUCCUCGCCACCCACCCCGGGCGGCCAGCGUGAUGCUCUCUCUGUUCUACACAGUCCUCUUCGUCUUCAGCGCCCUGGGAAACAUCCUCGCCCUUUGCCUUGCCUGUCAAAAGGGCAAGAAGAUCAACUCAACAUGUGUCUACUUGGUCCACCUAGCAGUGUCUGAUCUACUGUUCACACUGGCCCUGCCUGGGAAGAUCACCUAUUACAUACUGGACUUCAGCUGGCCUUUUGGCGAAGGGCUCUGCAGGCUGACAGCAUUUAUAUUCUACGUGAACACCUAUGGGGGCAUCUACCUUAUGACGUGCGUGAGUGUGGACCGUUACCUGGCUGUGGUCUGCACCCAACAGGGCCCCCGGCUCCGCAGUGCCAGCCGAGCAAGGCUCGUCUGUGUGGCUGUCUGGGCCCUGGCGGCUCUGCAGACGGUGCCCUUGCUCUCGAUCUCCAUGAGCAAGCCUGUGGCAGGCAAGAUCGCCUGCAUGGAGUACAUCAGUGUCAAGGAGGUCUUCUGGCUGCCCCCCAUUGUCCUAGUGGCCUGCGUUAUAAGCUUCUGUGGGCCCGUGGGGAUCAUGCUAUUUUGUUACAUGAAGAUCACCUUGAAGCUGUGCGGCACAGCCCAGGGCAACCCCCUGACGAGUGAGAAAGGGCACCACCGGAGGGCCUGCGCGCUCACUCUGACGGUGCUGGUUGUUGUGGUUGUGUGCUUCAGCCCCUACCAUCUCAACAUCAUCCAGUUCAUGGUGAGACAAAUGCUCUACCUGCCAUCCUGCCCUGAGCAGAGGGCUUUCGAAGUGUCCCUUCAGCUUACCGUGUCCCUUAUGAACAUGAACUGUGGCAUUGACCCCAUCAUUUACUUCUUUGCAUCUACACAUUAUAGGAAAUGGCUCCUCAGCAUUUUAAAACUCAGAGCACCAGCAUCCUCCUCCUCUUCCUCCCUGGGAAGAGCUUCCUCAGAAACAGACAAUAUCGACCAGAUUGGAGGCUCCCUGCCCUUAGAGGAGAAUAAAGUCUAA